AUGCGUUUGCCAAACAAUUGGUUGUUUAUAUUCAAAUUAAACUUAAAUUUGACACAUUUUCAAUAAACAUAAUGACGCUUCAGUGCCGGACCUGCGGAACCGUCAUCUACAACACAAAGGCCAAGAAUCUCUUCCACAUCGAGAACGCCAAGAUGCUGCUAAACAUCAGUCUCAUAUCUGGCGCCAUGCUUCACAAUGAUCCAGAACUGCCCAGUUGCAUUUGCGCCUGCUGCAUGCUCGAUUUAAACCAGGCAAUUGUAUUCCGGGAACGCUGCCUUCAAACGCAGGAGGAUCUCGUCCAGCAACUCACUUCUCUGGAACAGGAACAGCAAGUCCCGGAUCACGAUGUAGAAAUCAAGGAAGAAGAUGAUGUGGGCAAGCUGGCCUUACCUUUGCCACCCAAUCAGUUGGACGAUCCGUUCGAGGAGGUCGAUGAAUAUGAAUACUUUGAAGAAGAGGAAUUUCAAGAUGCCGAUGGUGCUGAAGAGGAGACGAAUCACGUUGAGGUGGGCGAGGAGGUGACGCACGAUGCCGAAUCCUUGGUCUCCAGUGUCCAGAAGGAGUUCGAGAGCAUUUACAACGACGAGAACACCGAUGACGACAACAAGGAAUUCAUCGACGAUCCAAACGCUAUUUACUAUGAGGAUGAAAGUGACGGAUUCUCUCAAGAUUCAUCACUGUCCGAGUUGAAGCGCACGCGGGGUCGCUCCAGAGGAGGUAGUGUCUCCAUGGAGACGCCCUCCACGAUUCCCAAGCGCAAGAAACAGUACGUGACGUGGAAGAACAUGACCGAGGAACAGAUCAUCGAGCGGAAGCGGCAGCAGCGGAAACGCGACUGCGUUUGCGAACAGUGCGGCCGGCACUUCACCGAUCAGAGCAACUUCAAGCUGCACAUGCUGAGGCACACGGGCAUGAAGAACUUCGCCUGCCAGGAGUGCGGCAAACGGUUCUACACCGACCAUCUCAUGUCGCUGCACCAGCGGAUCGUCCACCAGGGCGAGAAGCCCUACGCCUGUCGCUUCUGCACCAAGUCCUUUCACAACAGCACUACUCGAGUAAUCCACGAAAGGGUUCAUACUAAUGCCAAACCCUACACCUGCCACCAUUGCGACAAGAGCUUUAGCUCGACUUCCGGACGCAAGCGGCACGAACUGAUUCACACAGGUGUGCGCGCUUUUUCCUGCACAAUUUGCGAGCAAACCUUCCAGCGCAACACUCAUCUGAAGGCGCACUUGCGAUCCAAGUUUCACAUUGUAAAGGCGAGAGCGAACGAACUGGAAGAGGUGCUCGAAUGA